UUGCUGGUCUCCUCUGAAUGUUUCUAGGGUUUUUCAGAGCGUGUGAGACGGUGAGAUUGUCCUCAAAGCUCAAGAAUUUAGAAGGGUUUUGGCGGAAUAGCGAGCACAAACUGCCAUGGAUCCUUCAGCAAUGAACAACCCUGAACUCCUUAACUUCAUCAACCAAGAGAAGGAAAGAGCAAUGGUGAAUGAGAUGGUGGGAAAGCUUACGAAUGUAUGUUGGGACAAGUGCAUCACUGGUACCCCCGGGAGCAAGUUCAGUUCCAGCGAGUCUGCUUGCCUGGCAAACUGCGCCCGCCGAUAUCUUGAUAUGAGUAUGAUUAUUAUGAAGCGUUUUCAGAGCAUGCAAUGAUGGCCUAGAAGUUUUCCGGUGCUUUCUCAAUUCCAUGACGUGGUCCAUUUUUCGCAUCUGAAAUCAGUUAGGUUCAGUUGAAAAUGCUCUGUAAUGUUGGAAACGGUUUCUUCCCCCUUUCUUUAACUAUUGUAUUCGAUACCUCUAUUGUGAUCACCGUGAUGAAUGCAUUACAUGUUGCGCCGGCAGCAGGGCUGUAAAUUUGAUGCUA